GAAGAAGAUGAGGAUCCUCCUAGCUACGGUUUUGGCUGCCAUCCUUUGGUCCGGCGAAGCUCUCUCGCUGAAAUGCUACUCGUGCGCUGCGCAUUCCAACAGCUCCCACUGCAUGAUCCCCAUGGUCUGCUCAGAGCUUGACAAGUACUGCAAGACCACGGUUGGGACAGUGGAGACGGGCUCCUCAAGCACGGCACAUGUCUCCAAGACGUGCGCGGCGGAAUGCACCGAAACCAACCAGCACGGCGUUUCCACCUCCUGUUGCCAGAGAGACUUUUGCAACCGGAACGGAGCGGCCAGAACCAGGCUCGGCAACGUGGAGCUGGCCAUCGUGGUUCCUCUUGCCAGCGCAAUUCUCUGGGUUGGACCUUGAAGCCUCGGGCAAAGAACUUUCACCCAGAUUGUUCUCCUUUUCUAUUUGUGGGGCCGUAAAAUUAUAGAUCAUAU